GGCGGCUGCGAGGCCGGCAGGCAGCUGUGAACUGGGCGGCGCAGUGCCACGCUCGCAGCCGGCCGGACCCCCGGACCCCCCCAUACACGCGUGUGGCUCUGUGUGUGUGUGUGUGUGUCCCGCGCCCCCUCGCCAUGGUCGACGCCUUCGUGGGGACCUGGAAGCUGGUGGAUACGGCCAAUUUCGAUGAGUACAUGAAGGCGUUGGGCGUGGGCUUCGCCACCCGGCAGAUGGCCAGCCUCACCAAACCCACCACCAUCAUCGAGGUGGAGGGCGACAAGAUCACGGUGAAGACCCAAAGCACCUUCAAGAACAUGGAGAUCAGCUUCAAGCUGGGUGAGGAGUUUGACGAGACCACGGCAGACGACAGGCACGUCAAGUCUGUGGUCACGCUGGAUGGAGGCAAACUCGUCCACGUUCAGAAGUGGGAGGGGAAGGAGACAUCGCUGGUCCGGGAGCUGAAGGAUGGGAAAUUAAUUCUGACUCUCACCAUGGGCAACGUCGUCUCCACCCGCACCUACGAGAAGGCGACAUAGACGACGUCCCCAGCUCCCCCGCCCGUCACCCGGUGCCGCAUUCGCCCCCCGCAUCGCCUCCAUCCUCGCCCCGUGCCGGGCACGGCUCGCCGUGGCCUCAGAGCCCGCUGCACCUGCUGGGGCUGCCUGCUGCCCCCGUCCCCAUCGCCUCGUGGGGCUGCUUGGGGCUUGGGUGGUGGUUUCGUGGUUUGUUUGGUUUUUUUUUUAUUAAUAAUGGGAAAACCCACGUGGAAAAAUAAUAAAGGCCAUGUUGUUACAG